AUGACGAGAGAAGAUCUCAGCAAACACGAUUUCGAGACAGAAAACUUGGUAACUGUUUGUGGCGAUGUGCGAGAUGCAACAGCGAGGUUAGCAGGACAGCGAACCGCUCACUCCAAGGGAACCCAGAUGGGGAAAGAGAGGCCGGGUCAAGGUCUCCCGUUGCUACUUGCUCAUAAACUCGGAGGCUCUCGGAUGAGUUUAUUUUUUUGGCAUACAAUGUUCAGCCAGGGCCAGGGCAGACUUGAGAGCACUGGACCUCAGUCGGCCCGUGAUCUCCACGCUGGAAAUCCCCGUAAUCUUCGUUGGUAUCUCGGGCUAUUCAUCAGAAGAAUUGCCUUUGCUAUCUGGUCUUGCACCUACGUCGUUGAAGAAUUCUGCACUCUCGCCGCACCCCUUGGUAACUGGGCUGCAUCUUUCUGGGUAAUCCGACGGAGCAAAAUGGACCAGUCAAGUUUCGUUUAUCUAUCCUAG